AUGGCCCUGACGAUUCUGGUGCUGCUGACGGCCAUCUUCUUCAUGGGCUUCUUCUCCCUAUACAUCCGCAGGUUCGCCAGCGAUGCUGCCGCCGCGGCAGCCGCGGGGUCGGCGGAGGGUGGGAAUCACUACCGCCGCCGCAGCCAGAAGAAAGGGCUCGACCCGGAGGUGGUGAAGUCGCUGCCGGCGUACUGUUACCGGAAGGGCUGCGGCGGCGGGGACGGGAAGUACGAUCUGGCGGAAUGUGCGAUUUGCUUGGGGGAGUUCGAGGAGGAGGAGACGGUGAAGAUGAUACCGGUCUGCCAGCACGUGUUCCACGUGCAGUGCGUCGACACGUGGCUGAAUAGUCACGUGAACUGCCCCUUGUGUAGAGGCACCCAGUUCGUCAAAGUGGUGGUGGAAGGCGGCGGAGGAGGAGACGGCGGCGGAGGAGGAAGCAGUGGUUCGAGAAGUGUGGAGGUGGUGGAGGGAAGAUCGAUGGUAGGGAGCGAGGACACGUGGACGGUAGAUGUGGGCUCAGCUGGUGGGCUGCGGAGGAUUUGUAGCUCUUCGAGUUUGGUUAGAAAGGGACAGGAUAGGGUUUCCUUACCUAGAACCUCCAGUUUCUGA